AAGGACAUGCUUGAAAUUGCCUCUGCUAUAGUGAACCCGGUUUCAGGUGCAUAUACAAAGGAGCUGCUUUCCAUGUCACAUCCUUCGGAAUGCGCGAUUUGAUUAGCGGCGCGUCGUCUGGAGCUGCACCACGUGACCAGACGGUGAGCGUGACGUGAGCGCUGAUAACAUCUCUGACGGAAAGCCAGGGCUCGGUCGGUAGUAUGGGAAGCCUUCGGUAUUUAAACGUGUCACCGUGUGUAUUUGCGUGUUGACGCGCGUAUUCUCACGCGUGUUCGGGCCCGAGAGCUCGCUGUACAGUGUCGGAACAGGCAGCAGAGUCGGAGGCGCGCGCUGUGACCCGCAGCAGUGAGAGCGGUGCGGUUCUUCCACGCGCUGCUGAAGGACUCAGCUUUAAUGCCCCUCACCGUGGUCAGCGUUUUCACCCUGUACAUUCUCAUGUAUUUCAGUGGAUUUCAGUCGUUUUUGAGAAACGGGCGUUAAUGUAUCGUAGACAAGGAAGUGACAGGUUGAUAGAAAUGUUUCUUUAUAAUUGCACCAUUUCCUUUUCAGCGCUCAUCUGAAUCAGGCGAGAUUUUAAUAAGUGCAAGGUUAUUUAUAUACGAUUUCUUUUUCUUGCGAAUAGUCAUCAAGGAUAUAGCUUUUGCACUGUGGACUAUUUGCUAUCAUCCUACACCGUGACGGGAAAUCGGGAUAGAAAACCAAGGCUUGAUUACAGCACUGUUCGAGGGAAAAAAAAAGAAUGGAGCAGCACAGCCAGAAGAAUCCUGAUGUCCCAUCAUCUUCACAAGACCCGAAAACAUCUACGGAGGCUCUUCAUCCAAGCUCAGAAAGCUGUUCCUCUUCACAGAUCACGACAUUUAUAGCUCCAACUAGGCCAAAGAGGCCCCUGAGAACCCCCCGGGUAGAAGGAUCCACUGAGAUUUCACAGCCUGAUGUCCCAGACUGUCCCGAAUUCAACCAGGAGAAAGACUCUUCUGUUCCCAACAAGAUCAGCCAACCAUCAGGUCCAAUCCAGCAGCUCUAUGAUGACAAACCGUGUAGACCUCCUGCUUUGGCUGGACAUGCUGCUGCAGCGAGGAGCCACAUCUCAAUGAGAGCAGCCUCGCUUCCUCAGGCACCAUCCUACAAUCCGACGCUGACCGAUCCCUCCGUUCACCCUCAGAGGGCACUCUCUGUAGCCGGGACAGUUGAUACAAAGCCUCAGACUGAUGAAGAUUUCAGAGUGCACAUAAUCACCUGGAACGUGGGCUCAGCCGUGCCCCCUGAUGACAUCACUUCCUUGUUGGGGCUGAACACAGGAGAUGGAAAUACAGACAUGUAUAUCAUAGGAUUACAGGAAGUAAACUCCAUGAUCAAUAAACGCCUCAAGGAUGUCCUUUUCACUGACCAGUGGAGCGAAGUCUGCAUGGACACACUCAGCCGCUUCGGAUAUGUGCUGGUGACGUCCCAGAGAAUGCAGGGUGUACUGCUGCUGGUGUUUGCGAAGUAUUACCACCUACCUUUUAUCAGAGGCAUACAGACUGAAAACACACGCACAGGGCUGGGGGGAAUCUGGGGAAAUAAGGGUGGAGUAAGUGCUCGAAUGAGCGUGUUCGGCCACGCAAUAUGCUUCCUGAACUGCCACCUGCCUGCACACAUGGAAAACUCAGAGAAGCGCAUGGAGGAUUUCGAGAGCAUCCUGCAGCAGCAACAGUUUGAAGGUCAAGCCGCCAUGGGAGUCCUGGAUCAUGAUGUUGUUUUCUGGUUCGGGGAUCUGAACUUCCGGAUUGAAGACUUGGAGAUGCAUGUGGUUAAAGCAGCUAUUGAUAAUAACAAACUUUCCAUGCUGUGGGAUAAAGACCAGUUAAACAUGGCCAAAGACACUGAGACUGUGCUUGAAGGCUUCCAGGAAGGACCUCUGAAAUUCCCUCCUACCUACAAGUUUGAUGUGGGAACGAACACGUACGAUACCAGUGGGAAAAAACGUAAGCCUGCCUGGACCGAUCGCAUUCUGUGGCGUAUAAGGCCGAUGGCUCCAGCCAGCAGCGUGUCCAAGCGUAGCUCAAUGUCUGGCCUCACCAGCGGCACUCGGGUUACGCAGCACUUCUACCGCAGUCACAUGGAGUACACCGUGAGCGACCACAAGCCUGUCUCCUCCAUCUUCACUCUGCAGUUCCCGUAUAAAGUGGACAUCCCUUUGGUGACGCUGAUUGUAGAGGACGAAUGGAGGGAGGUGACUGAUGGCGUGGCCAAAUUUAAGGUGGCGCCCAAUUACUCCAGAAGCUCCUGGGACUGGAUUGGACUUUACAAGGUUGGAUUUAGACAUCAUAAAGACUAUGUGGGUUACACUUGGGCUAAACAAGAGGAAUCAGAUUACCUGAGACAGGAGCAUCAUGUUACCUUCGCAGAGGAAGAGUUACCAAAGGAGGCUGGUGACUACAUUUUGGGUUACUAUAGCAACAAUAUGAACUCUAUUGUUGGGGUCACUGAACCAUUCCAGAUUCAGUUGCCCACAUCGAGCUCGACUGGUCUCAGUCCCUCUGACAGCUCCGAUUUUACCUCUGAGGAUGAGGUAAAGAAGGGCAGCAGCAGCAGCAGCAGUAGCCGCAGCGCCACGCCCACCGGCCAAGAGGGAAACUCCCACAAACCCCGCUCCAGACACGACUCCCCCCAUUCCGAGUCCAGCUCAAAGGCAGGCAGCCCCGUUAAAACGAGCAACUCCUCAGAAGAUCGAGAUUCAAACUCAGGGAAAACCAGCGGAAAGCCACAAGCACCCUAAAGGAGCAUGCUGAGACGCCGGAGCUGGCAUGAGGAUGUAGUGCAGGAGCUGGAGGAUUCCCACUUUUGCUUUUGCUGUAUCGUGAUGUUAAAUGGAGUCUUUUGUGUGGCAGGACAGAGUUAGUGCUUUAGUAGCUCUUUCUCCUAGGAGUAAGGAAGGAGGACAGAAUUCAAGUCUUCGUCUGUUUCACAGUCACCUGAUUCAUAUUCAUGCUAUACAUCAUUCUCCACUUUCUCUUUCCUCCCAGUUAAAUUCUUUAGACUUUAAGACAAAGCACAAUAGUUCAGUGAAAAAUGGAAUUGUUUUCCAAUGUAUAAUUCUUUUUAAAUUCACUCAGCACACACUGUGGGGUGUUUGUUGAUGGCAUCUCAGUCUUAUCUAAGUCUCUGUAGAACUGCCAGGUUUUCAGGUUUUUUUUUUUUUUGCUGAUUACAAAGCGUUUCUAUUUUCUAUGAGUAAACUGUCAGGACUCAUCUGCGGCAUUUGUUGCUUGAGUUUACAAGACAAAGGUCUUGUAAGUUUAGCUUCAGUGUAGGAACCUGCUCUAUCAUCAUCUAAGCAUCAUAAUAUCUGCUGUAUGUGAGGAAGAGGUCAAUGCAGAUUUAUUUCUUUCCAACCUCCAGACAUCAGAACUGCUUCUGUGCACUCAGUGACUCUGCCAUGUGAACAUCGAAUCAUGUCAUUCAACCCUCAACAGCAAACCUACAGAUCAGUGGUAUUAAAGCAGAAAGACAAAGCUGUACUGAAACCUCAUGCUCUUCCUCAUCUCUUAAGAAUUCAGUGCUAAAUGAAAGGUUGCUGAUUUAAAGGGAGCUGUGUAACAGAGAAAAAAAUCCCAAACGCUUUAGCAAGAGCUUAUUUAUACUUUGUGAAUAAAUCAUAGAAACAAUAUUCGAGAUAAUCUAGUUAGAUGUGUGGAAGAAUGUCAUAGAAAUGUUCUUGUGUCUGAGUAGGUUUGAUCUCACAUCAUCACUGCUGUAACCAUAACUGUGAGGAUUCUGUGAUCAGUUUCGUCUGGUAUUUUCUAGGAUUUGUCCUGUGUGGUGAAGAUCUCUCUCUCUCUCUCUCUCUCUCUCUCUAUGUCAGUCUGUCUCUCUCUCUCUGGCUCACCCUCUUUCUCUGUCUCUUUCUCUGUCUCUCUCUCGCUCUAUCUCUCUCUCCCUCUCUCUCUCUCUCUCUCUCUCAUUAGCAGUUCACAGUGCAGUGCAGUUCUCAGUAGCUGUAGUCUGGUAGCUGGUGAAUCUCAGUGCACCGUUUAGGACCAGGAGUUCUCUUGUACACAGUGUACUAUGUAAGUGUAAGACAGUGUGUGUGUGUGUGUUUAUAUGUGUGUGACUGUAUGUCACGCAAACAUAUUGUGCUGUCGGACUACAGACGUCUGAAACACGACUCUUAAACUUUAAGGUCUGAUAGAAGGAAGAGGGUUGAAGUUUUUUAAUAUAGUUUUUGUGCUUUUUUUGUUUGUUUUUCCAUUUUGCACUACAGUAAUCAUUGCAAACAGAGAUGCGCUAUUAUGCUACAUUCACACAUACAGUGAUUCUAUCUCUGCGAGUCUCCAGUUUCUGUAUUAUAAAGUUAUCAUUAGCUGUUCCUACUAAUGGUUGCCAUAGUAACAAUGUUUCUCUGUGGGUGGAGCAGCUAGCGGUUUUCUUGCGGCUGAAAUGAAACAUGCUGUUAAGAGAUUUGGUGUUUGUGUAUAAAAUUCAGCAGUGUUUAUCUGCAUCAUAUCACUUGAGAUGAAGGAGAUGCACGGAUCUUCGUCACGGAUCAAAGUAUUUGCAUCGAGUUCAGUUUUUCUCAACUAUGUUGGGAACUGGUCUCUGUUGCUGGAUGUCACAAUAUUCAUCAGAUCUGAACUUUGUCACUGUAAGUCUGUAUGUGUGAACGUAGCACAUUCCUCUAUUUUGCCCCCUAGUUUUACUUUUCAUACUUUUUUUUCUUGAAUCUUUCAAUUCAGGUGGUUUUCACACUGGGCCCAUUGCUGUGCUCCCAACCCACGUGUGAUUGUUCCUUGCUUAUUUUUCCUUGCAUUCUAAAUUCAUACAGAGAGCUGGAUUUCACCCUCUGCUGUUCAGCCUGUGUGUCGUUUUAGUUAAAAGCAGGGCCAGCUGUAUGGCCACGGUGCUUAUCAGAGUUACUCCGAGGUAAUAUCAUGUUUAUUAAGCUCUUACGAUCCUCCACUGGAGAGUCACAGCAUAACAUUUUGGAUUAGAAAAAAAUGAAAUAAAAGAAAAAGAAACAAUGCUGCUGUAAUGUUUCUGAGGAAAGCGGGAUAUAUUUAGAUAAAGGCUGGAAUUACUGAAUUAUUAUAAGCUGAGUUAUUUAGAUAUACAGUCAUGCUUCUCAAACCAUCCUUUCUUUCUUAUUUACAAGUCCAAUCGAAGCUCUUAGGGUCUAGAAGUUCAGUCAUCAGUUUUGAGGUUUGAGAGCUGACGAUCUGAAGGAUCUAAAGGACAUCUGCAGAACAGCUGCCUCUCUUUCAUUCAGUCUCUAUGGAAAAUGUUUAUGUAUAUGGAUAGAUCUGACAAUCAAUGCCAAAAAAAAGAAAGAAAAUAAUGUGUUUAUAUAAUGUGAUAUUGUACGUAUACGUGUCUUAAUUUAUAUUUUUAUGCCGUUAUAUGUACCAUAUGCAGAAGAUCAUUCUGCUGGCCAGUGUCAUGAAGGCAUUAUAAAUAGGGAGGUUUUAAUUUAAUUAAUAAAAAGAGUUCCAUUUGUAUGAGGAAAGAGUCAGAUGAAAACUUUUUUUAUUAUUAUUAUUUAUUUUGCACUAAUAAUUGUUAGACGUAUUCAGAUUCCUUUAAAAAAUUAUUUUUGUUAGAAAUUAUAUUCUGUGCUUUUAAGAUUUUUCAUCUGACUCAGUUGUUUCUUUUUUUUUUUUAAAUAUAUAACUGUAUAUCUUGCCUGAUGUAUUUUAUUAAAUCACAUCUGAUGUAUUCUGUAAUGUAUUAUAUAAUUGACUUUAUUCAAAGUGUAGAGUUUAAGAGAUGUACUUUAUAGAUUCACAUAUUUAAUUGAUGAAGGUUCAUUUGUGAUGGAAGCCGUUUGGCCGACGUUGUCGAACACUUGUGUCCAGAAGAAAAUAAAUCCUUGUCAAUGUGAA